AUGGGGUUUAUACUGUUAGAUCAUGUUUUAAUAUCUGAUCCUUACUUUAAGUUGAAGCAUCUCACCAAGAAUAACCACAAACUUCUUGUAUGCCAGUCAUGGCUUGAAAGUGUUGAUAUGGAACCCACCUUCAAAUUUAGCUUCUAUUCUUCUCCUUUAUCGAAUGUACAAGAACUCAAUUGUCUUUCAAAGUAUGUACAAGAACUCGAUUGCCCUUCAACCUUCAAACCACUUGAGUGCCAAUUAUUUUGUAGUUUCAAUGGGUUGGUUGUUCUCGGAUUUUAUAAUACAUCUGAUCAACAACUUUUUCUAUGGAACCCUUCCACAAAAGAGUCGACACUUCUUCCCCAUUCAGAAUUUACACGUCUGUGUACUAUGUUCGGACUGGGAUAUGACGCGACAAGUGAUGGGUACAAGCUCCUUAAGUGGACCAUGCUUAAAGGAGGACAGUCCAUUGAAAUUCUCUCGCUAAAAAGUGGUACUUGGAGAAAGAUUUGGUACUAUCCAACUACCAUUGCCAUUUUCCCUAGGUGGGGACAAAAGCUUUCGAUUUAUCCUUACCGAAAUGACAAUUGGUAUAUAGAUACUAUGGUAUUUGUUCAUGGAGCAUUUCAUUGGCUUGGUACGACAAUAUCAAGAACUUAUCAUUUGGUUUCAUUUAGUUUGCCGGAUGAGGUGUACGGAGAGAUACCUUUGCUAGAGCAAAUGCACUUAACUAACGAAGAUGUGUUGUCUAAUUAUGGCCUUUCAUUAGUGGAAGGAAUGCUUUGCGUUUCUUCUACUCAUAAACAUCAAGGAUGGGGCACUUUUAAGUUGUGGGUAAUGAAAGACUACGAGUAA